AGUCAGAGAUUUUUGAAAAAGAGACGAGAGGGAAGGGAGGAAGGAAGGAAUAGGCGACAAAGGACCUCCAGAACGGCCUCUAAACAAUCUGGCGGCGAAUCGCGCCUUGCUGCCGCUGUGCUGCUAUAAUACUACCCUAAAUGAAGACCGACGCUCAUGCCCGCAGACGUCGGCGAAACAGAAGGCGCUACCACCGCGCUCCUCUGCUCCGGAGCGAGGGUUCUGGGUUCUGCAACGGGACUCGGGCUGGCCCUCUCGAUUCUUCUUGCGCCCAUCGCGUGCCGUCUCCGCGCACAUGGUCGACUCCCCGCAGGGUUUCACGGAUUCCGCUCGCUCCAUCGAGCUGUGAAUCGCCCGGUCGCGCUCAUGAGAAGAAUGUCUUCGGUUUCCAGAUUGAAGUCCUUUGCCGGCUCGGCGACCUUCACGGAAGCGGACAAGGAGAUUCUUAUCAAGAUUGUGAAGCACGCUCAAUGGCAAGGGGUCAGUGGAACAAAAGGCCCCUGGAAGAAUUUUUUGGCUACUGUUGAUAGAGGCCUAUCCCAUAAUCACGAUCCUGCCAAGCGACCCUGGCAGGUCCUGGCAAAUUUUGUCGAGACGUGGAAAGACGAGAAAGACAUCGAGAUUAUCAAGCGGGCUCGAGAGUAUAUAAAUUACAACCAAACAAUGGCUUAUAUUGAGGCAACAGAGCCAUGGCCGGAUGUUCCUGAAGAGAAAUUUGUACACCUGACUAGGCAGCAUCCUUUAUUCUCCAGGGACUACAAUUUUCCCUCAUUCCACGAGGGCUGGGUACGUUCAGAUAUUGUGAAAGCAGAAGAUUUGAGCAGUUCUCCAAAACUACUUGCUAUGGACUGUGAAAUGGUGCUUUGUGAUGAUGGGACUUCGCAAGUUGUCCGUGUCUGUGUCGUUGACCGAGACCUUGAGACAAUAAUUGAUACGCUCGUCCAGCCUAGCAAAAAGGUCAAGGAGUACAAAAGCCAUAUUACAGGUGUUACAGCUGAUGAUCUGAAGUCUGUGACAGUAACACAAUCUGACAUUCAGACACAAGUGAAAAGAAAGCUUUCACCCGGGUCCAUUGUUAUUGGUCACAGCGUGCACAACGAUUUGAGAGCAUUGCACAUCGAUCACAGAAGGGUGAUAGAUACGGCAUACCUCUUUCCGAUACAGAACCGUGCACGAAUUUGGAGUCCUCCUCUGAGAGAACUGUGCAAGAUUGUUUUGGGUUAUGACUUCAGAGACGACAGUAAGCCUCAUGAUUGCCUUGAGGAUGCCAAAAUUCCGAUGAAGCUUGUGCUCAACUGUAUUGAACACGGCCUAUCACCGAUUAGUAUACCCGAUGAGGUUGAUGAGGCGGUCCUUUCGAAGCUGCUGAUUCACAGAGUGCCCAAGGAAGUCAAUUAUGAAAGUUUAAAGUUAAUAUUUCCAAGACGUAUCUCCUUUGAAUUUCAGGAAAUCGAGAAGGAUGGCAUGAACGGGAACGGGACGUCGAAGUCAAGGUUUUAUUCUACAUACGCUGUGUUCGCUUCGAAGGAGGUCGCUAACAAAGUUUUCGACCAGUUAAAGGGAGUUGCUGUCGAAGACAUUACAGGGCGACUCAUGAAGAAUGUUGCUGUACGCAGUAGGUUUCAGCAUAGAAACGCUACGAGAAUCGAAGUAGCCGUCCGUAAGAUGUCGAAUAAUCGAAACAAUGUGGAAAAGCCCUUGAACGGAAGUACAACAAACGUAGCGACGAAAUGGUAUACGGUACCAGAGACAGUGAAACCUUUGGACGUUGGUCUGAGUUCUGGAGUGGGCGAGGAGGUACUUAGCCUUACAAGGCCAAGGAUUGAGGAUGUUGAGGAGCACAAUGUAACUUCAGCAGCCAAGAACUUGAAGAGGAAAAAACGGAAGUCUCAUGCUAGCACCUCGACUUCGGGUGAAGACGAGUCGAAAGAAGUUGCCGAGGAAGUAGACACCGUGGUGCACAAAAACGUUUACGAUGUUCUUUCGAGUGAAAUCUCACCGAUUGCUCAUCAGAAUGAUGAGCAUACACGUCGGAAGAAGAGAAAAAUGAGCAAGUCUACGAAAUAAAGACAUAGAUUAAAGCUUAUCUAA